AUGGAGAUGCACCUCGUCCACCAGCCGCAGCCGCAGAUCCACGCGGCCUCCUCGUUCCAGCAGCCGCCGGAGCACCUCCACCAUGCCAACGGCGGCGGCUUGCAGGUCCAGCACCACCAGGCCAUGCCGGUGAGGCAGCAGCACCCGCAGCCGCCGUACGCGGCUUAUGUGGCGCCGCCGUCGAGGGCGGUCAAGGCGCAUGAAGAGGAGGAGAUGGGCAACGGCGUCGGGAAUGGCGGCGGCGUCGUGCAGCAGCCGAGGGCGGGGGCGGGGGCGGGGGCGGCGGGGUGCCCGUGGUCCCGGAUGAAGUGGACGGACGCGAUGGUGCGUCUGCUCAUCGCGGUGGUGUACAACGCCGGGGACGACGGGGAGGGCGUGUCUGCAGGAGGCAAGGCGGCGGCGUCGCACUCGCACGGGAAGGCGGGGGCCUCUGCGGCGGCGGCGCACGGAGGGCACGGGCCGCAGGCGGCGGCGCAGCAGAAGAAGGGUAAGUGGAAGUCCGUGUCCCGGGCGAUGAUGGAGAACGGCUUCGCGGUGUCGCCGCAGCAGUGCGAGGACAAGUUCAACGACCUCAACAAGCGCUACAAGCGCGUCGUCGACCUGCUCGGCCGCGGCACGGCGUGCAAGGUGGUCGAGAACCCCGCGCUGCUCGACGCCAUGGGCGAGCUCACCGCCAAGGCCAAGGAGGAGGCGCGCAAGCUGCUCAGCUCCAAGCACCUCUUCUUCCGCGAGAUGUGCACCUACCACAACCCCCCCGGCGCCGCCGCAGCAGCCUCGCACGGCACCGACGACGGCGCGGCCUGCUUCCACCACCCGCAGCCGGCGGCAGUGCCCGGCGCUGCCAACUCGUCCGCCGGCCGCCAGGUGGUAGCGAUGGUGAAUUCCUCCACGCGUUCUGAGGACGACAGCGAGGACGACGUCCUCAGCAGCAAAGAGGCUGAAGAGGAGGAGGAGGACGACGACUACGACCUGGACGACGUGGAGGAGAAGGCGCCGGGCACCAACCGCCGCGGGGGCUGCGUCGACGACGGCAAUGGCUUCCACAACUACGGCGGGCACAAGAACAAGCGCCGUCGCGGCGAGAGCAACGCUGCGGCCGGAGAAGACGGAGAAGAGGACGGGAACAAGCACGCCCGCAGGAGGCCGUGCGCCAUGCAGCAGCUGCAGCGCGAGCUGGCCGCGGCGGAGGCCGGCGGCGACCAGCAGCAGCUGCGGCAGUGGAUGCAGCGGCGCGCGCUGGAGCUGGAGAAGCAGAAGCUGGCGUACGAGGUCCGCGAGUACGCGCUGGAGAAGCAGCGCCACAAGUGGGAGCAGUUCAAGGCCACCAAGGAGUGGGACAUGGAGCACGAGCGGCUGCGGAUCGAGCGCCGGCGCGUCGACGGCCAGCGCAUGCUGCUCGUGCUCAAGCAGAAGGAGUUCGACCUGGACCUCGCCGAGGCCUACAACAACUACUCGUCGUCCGUGGACCACCACCCGGGCGCCCAGACCCCGCCGCCCGCCGGCUUCCAGCAGCAGCCGGGCUCCAGCCCCUCCACCACAGGGCACCCCAACUAGCUAGGCAGGCAGGGCAGGACACCAUGCAUACAUUAGAUUUAGCUUUUCCCUUAGGCCACCAUGCAUACUCCAUUUUUACUUUUCCUUCGCCAGCAUGAAUUACCUUUUCGCUUUCGAUUCGUUGUAAUCAGCAGUAGCAGUGGAGCAAUAACCUGUAAGAUGUCUAUGGUCUCUUGAGUUGAGAAGUUUCAGAAUUCA